CUCCCGAUGUGCUGCGCCACCACGUUGGAACACUGCGCCCGUGACGUCAGCAGGGGGUGGGCGGAGUCAGCAAAGUGAAGGAGCGCUGGGCUGCCAAAAGGAGGGAGACGGAGGAGAGGAGCUCGAGGCAGGAAGCGAUGCUCCGUGUCGUCGGAUUCAGCCUUGGAUGAAUUGCUUUCGCGUCGUCGAAGAUUUUUAAGUACGAACAAGUUGGACUUGAUUUGUUCUUUUUUUUUUUAUUUAAAAAAAAACAACACUUUUAUUUGUACAACGGCAAGUCUUCUGAAAUUUGGAGCGUUUCAUGCCUGGUGGAAGAAGACCGACCUCCCUCGUUGGCUGUGCCCGCCACCCGAACUCUUUACCCGGCGUUAGCUGUGAUGCGCGAGUGGCGCUCUUUGGUGGGCUGAAGGCACCGAGAAAGCGGCCCCAAGUCACGCGGGGAGGGGUGGGGGAUCCGGGAGCAUGGCUCCGGUGCCGCUGUCCCUCUGGCUGCUAACUACUCUCACCUGGGCCAACCUGCUCCAGGUGUCCGCCAACAGGCACUCCAUAUACUGGAACAGCUCCAACAUCCAUCUGCGCCGUGAGGGCUACACCAUGCAGGUGAAUGUCAACGACUACCUGGACAUCUACUGUCCCCACUACAACGACAGCCAGCGCAUGGUGGGCACCAGCGAGCAGUACGUGCUCUACAUGGUCAGUUACCGUGGUUACAGGAGCUGUGACCCCCAGAUGGGCUUCAAGAGGUGGGAGUGCAACCGACCCCACGCCCCCCACGCGCCCAUCAAGUUCUCGGAGAAGUUCCAACGCUACAGCGCCUUCUCGCUGGGCUACGAGUUCCACGUCGGACAGGAGUAUUACUACAUAUCCACGCCCACCCAUCACCACGGCCGCAGCUGCCUGAGACUACGCGUGUACGUCUGUUGCGCCAUAGCCUCCGAUGUGGAUGAUGAGGCAGAACCAACAGAGGCAGACUACACGUUUACACCAGGCCUAAACAUUGACGACAACGAUGAAUUCAACCCUUCCGUCCCCAAGUUGGAGAAGAGUGUAAGCGGAAGCAGCCCGAGCCGGGACCGCCUGCUGCUCACCAUCGCCAUGCUGCUGCUGCUCCUUGUCUCCUAGCAACGGCCAUCACAUCAGCGUCACCAUGCCGACUAGCCUUUUGGAGGGUGUGUGCGCUAUCAGCGGACGGGACAUUGAGGAUGCUGUGUGUGUGUGUGUGUGUGUGUGUGUGUGUGUGUGUGUGUGUGUGUGUGUGUGUGUGUGUGUGUGUGUGUGUGUGUGUGUGUGUGUGUGUGUGUGUGUGUGUGUGUGUGUGUGUGUGUGUGUGUGUGAGCUGACUGAAUCUUGCAAGCCACAUGACGCAUUUAUAAAAGUGGCAACAUUAGACCCAAGUCGUAGAAAAAAAACAACACAUUAAAUCGCAUUUCCAGGACUUUCUUCUGGAUCUGAUUGGCUGCUUCACUUCCUGUGGGUUCUUUGCUAAAGUAGACGUGUUGAACUCAAAGCCACGUCAUCAGUGAUUUUUUUUCCAUCCCUUUCUGGACUUGUUUUGCAAGAAGAAGAUCACGUCGGCAAACACAAGACGGCGACUCUCGUUUUGUCAUCGCCGCCCUGCUUUCGACUUCGAGCGUCCGUCUGCAGUAGAGAAGUCUGAAGCCUUUUAAAGCAUUUCAACGGCAGAGAUGUAAGCACACGGUAGCCGCCGGAGCAUCCCAUUUGCAUGUGCACACUCAGCAAUACUGCCCCCUCUUGGUGGGAGGAGGAGGAUGUGCGGAAAAGGUUGUUUUUCCUUGUUGGCGUCGCCGUGCUCUGCCAAUCUCAUUGUGCAGUUCUUUGUUAUGUACCGUGUGUGUGUGUGUGUGUGUGUGUGUGUGUGUGUGUGUGUGUGUGUGUGUGUGUGUGUGUGCGUGCGUGUGUGUGAGAGAGAGGGGGGGUACUAACAGCACAUCGCUCAUAGCAGGGGUGGGCAACCAUUCUCAAAAUAAACCCCGCAGUUAAACCGCAUAUAAGACGUUAAAUCCAAAUAAAUAAUAAUCUGUUGCGCCCCCUAUGGGUUGUGGUUUAAAUUAUUUGGAAGACAUGCGAGCAGACAUGUAAAACAGAUAUAUAUCGACGUUUAGACCACGAUCAAUGACUAAGCCCCGCCCAUUUUUUUUCACAGCAACCAUGUUUUUGAAUCGUUCCUGUUUAAUUUUGACACAGCUGUGCAUGUCAGCCCCGUAAAGGUGUGUAGCGAAUAGGGCUGGGCGAUAUGGCUGAAAAGUGUGUCAGGAUAUAAGUGUUUUAUAUAAGUCGAUAUUUAUUGAUCUUUUUUAUGACCCAUGGAAAAUGAGGACAAGGAGAAACAUAUAUGAAAUGUUUUAUUUUAAAUGUGACUUUCCUAUAUUUAUAAUCCUCUCAGCUGUCAGGGCAGAAAAGGAAAGGAAAUGUCAACACAAGCAUGGAAAACACUCAAACAAUGUAAACAAAAUUGUAAAAUCACAUUGAACACAUAACAAUAAACUCUUAAAAUGAAGGUGCACAAAUAAGGAAUAUGUAAGAAAUGCUUAAGUGUAACAAAAUAGUGCAAAGUGUGAAAAUGUAAACAGAGAAACCUGAGAACUAUUUCUUGCAGGUUUAGUGCCAGGAAGUUACGGCUGUGCUCUAAAGGGUGAGCGGGGCUAAGGUGGUGUGGCAUUACCGGUCUUGGUUAGGACGAGCGCCUUGCAUUGGUCUGACUACGGUCCGUUUGAAAAAAUCCAUAAAUCUGCCAUACUGUCGAGGUGACUUUUCCUGUUUUAUUCACAAUUUCUUCAAUUUGUACUUUCUCUUCUCCCGUCAUGCAAAGAAUCAACCGCGAGACAACAAGAUGGUGCAACCAAACUUGAUACGUUAUACUGUUACCUGAUUGGCUGUUAGCGUGUCACGCCCACUGGUCAGUGAUCAUUUCCUGCGUUGUUAGGUUACCACAGAGCGAGAAAAAAAAUGAUCGAACGUUUAAUUGAACACAUUUUUUGUUAAUAUCGAUAUCUUGUCUAUAUCGCUAUAUAUGUGUG